UUGUCUAUAGAUAUCGUGAACUCGGCAAUUCCCUUUCCUCCCUGAAAAUCUUAUCCUCUCUAUCCAGGUCUAUUUUCUUACUAGUUCAGAGGAAGAACCAUGUCUACAGCUGCGGCCUCUUCUCUAGUUCUCCCUUCUCUUCAUCCUAAAACCCUGUUCCUUUGCAACCUCAACAAACCCACUUCUCUCUUUUUUGUCUCUCCCUCUUCCUCUUCUCUCAGGCUCCAUGCCAAGGGCACCAUUUCAAUUACCGAUUCACUUUUCCACUCUUUUGGAGCUCUCCGACUGCCCUUUUCCUCUCGCUUUGUUCCCAACGUCGCAGUUUCUUCUGAGUUCGGACAAGAAGAGGAGGUCUCGAGCGACGGAGAUGAGCCCACUUUCUCUCCCGACCUCAAAUUGUUUGUGGGUAAUCUUCCCUUUAGCGUUGACAGUGCCCAGCUAGCUGGUUUGUUUGAAAGUGCUGGAAAUGUCGAGAUGGUUGAGGUAAUAUAUGACAAAGUAACUGGGAGAAGCAGAGGAUUUGGUUUUGUGACCAUGUCAUCUACAGAGGAAGCUGAAGCAGCUGCUCAGCAGUUCAAUGGCUAUGAACUUGAGGGUAGGUCGUUGAGGGUGAAUUCUGGACCCCCACCCCAGAAGGAACCUUCUUUUUCUAGAGGCCCACGAGGUGGUGAAGCUUUUGAUUCAGCCAACCGGUUGUAUGUUGGCAACCUUUCUUGGAAUGUUGAUAACUUGGCACUUGAGACCUUUUUCAGUGAGCAAGGGAGGGUUUUGGAUGCUAAGGUGGUCUAUGACAGAGAGAGCGGUAGAUCAAGGGGCUUUGGUUUUGUUACUUAUAGUUCUGCUGAAGAGGUUGAAAAUGCCAUUGAGUCCCUGAAUGGUGUUGAAUUUGAUGGCAGACCAAUUCGGGUCUCUGUUGCAGAAGCUAGACCAAGGCGUCAAUUUUGAGCACAAAACCGUUCGUGUAUUUCUUUGUGGAAGAAUACUUCAGGCACCUUAUCUGUUUGCAUUUUUUUAUCCAUAAACAUAUCAUUAUGUGAAACUUAACUGAUAUCUGAUCUAUCUUCUAGCUCCCAGCUAGUUGUUUUUUUUUUAUUUUUUUUUUUUGAGUGAUUCUGAUGAGACCAUUGUUUGUUAUUUGUAUGGGCAUGAGUGGUUGCAACCUUAAACCUUUAAGUUCUGUGACAGGGAAUUGGGAGAUGAGCAACUGCAAUCUGUUGCUAUAUUGCUGUUCUUCAAACACAUGCCGAAUGAUCCUUGUUCUUAAACUGCUUUUAGGAAUGACAGCCUCGUGCUUCUUAGAAGUAUGCAUCUGGAAUGAACAAGAGGCCUGCAUUGAAAUUUCUUGAUGUAUUUUUUGAUCCUGAUUAAAACUUUUAUAUUUAUGCUAUUUAUAGAGUUAAUGUAUCAGUUAUUUAGUUUGGCUUUCCCAUACAUAUUUUGUUAGAAGAACACCUUUUGAUUGAAAUUUCUCCGCUUGAAAGAGGUUUUUUCCCUUC